AUGGGAAACUAUGACGAACAAGGCCUGAAGGUGCAGCCACAGGACGCAGCAGACGUAGAACUUCCUUGGGACGACGCACGGCAGCUGGUAGAAGCACUCGUACUGUCUCGAGUUGACACACCAGAUAACGCAGUAAAGGUGCUUGGACAGAGUUGGGUUCCAACUUGGGACGGCUGGAAAGAAUUGCGCCAAUGUGCGACAGAGCGCUGUUGUGUUACAAUUGCGGAGCGACUGUGCGACAUCGCCCAGCAAAACACCCCUUACCAAAGCAAGACCGACACCCAAGCAUUGCAGACUUUGGCGUCCGAAGGGUUCAUGUGGCGGAAAGCACUGUCACACGGCGUGAAUAACUGCUUGAUCGAUUCCCUGAUAUUGUGCUUGUCGUAUGAACACAUUUUGCCUCAUAACUUGACUGCAGAUGUCACAGCCAGGCGAUGCGUUGCAGCUGCAUGCAGAAAGCAUUUGAUUCAAGAGAUUGGGGACGAAGUGGCUCCAGGCAGCAAUGGGCUUUUCCCAUUCUUGGAUGCGCACCGGGAUGGCCCCAGAAUUGUAGGAUCACAACUCAAUGCUCUGCAGCGAGAAUCGCAGAGAAGCGGUGGCACACCUGAGAAGCUGAGUUGCAGCAAGGAUGCACGCUUUCACCUAUGUAGAACAUGCCAGGCAAGUUUAGAACCGGAGCAACUAGAAGGCGACGAAGCCUGCGAUUUACAGCAUCAUCUCGCGAAGGCAGUGAGUGCUGAGGUACAUGUGUACGAUUCAACUACCACUGACCUCAGUGUACCGCUCGAUGUUUACACCAUCGGUCGACAUGACAGCUUGCUGGUGCCAGUCUUCCGCCUCUAUCGCUACAAAAACGGCCGUUACGCUGCCUUGUUGCCUGCUAACCCAGCAGAACGGCCUGUGUUCACAAGUGGCGACUCGCAGACAGCAGCCCAAGGUAGCAAACAAAAUGACAUGAGUGCAACGUGCACUGUAGCGCCGCCGACAAAUUCGUUUGGAACAAUUGGCUGCGCUGCCGGCAUAGGCGCAGCGACCGCUUUGCGCGCACCGCAGAUUGAGCAAGUGCGUGAAAUCUUACAGCGGUUCUGUGACCAAAGAGGCGCAGAUGUGCAAGUUGACGAGACAGACGCGCAUCGAGUGAGUGAUGCUUGGUGGAACUUGGAUGCGCUGGGAAUAAUUUUGCACACCCUUCUGCAGGCAGGGUUAACUUUUGCAGAUGCAGGCAUGCAUCACGCGCGUAGAUUAGCAAAUCAGUGGCGCGGUUUCUAUACUACACAGACGCAAGGUGCUGGGAAACGAUUGUCAGAUGGUUCAAUGGAGACAGCUCAGAAGGAAAAUGUCGGUCAUAAGACGGCUGCAACAGAUGCAGCUGCUACGCGCUCUUUGCACAGCACAUCAGCCGAGAGACAAGAACCAACUAGUACUAGUGAAGUGAAUCUGAGCAUUACGGCUCGAAAACGGCAGGCAACGCAGCAAGAUGCAAGUGCAGGCCCAGCGCGCAAAACAGAGAUGAAUGUGCCUCCUCGCCGUGUGCGCCACAAAGCACCGCCGGUCGGAUCAACAACAGCACCAACAUCCAGAACUGGUUCGCUUCAGGGCGCUAGCACUGACGCAGAAGAUAUCUAUCCUUUGCGGCUGUGGAAGCCGUCGCAAGGAAACAAAGACCCUCGGGCAGCGUAUGAUUUUGCAAUGCAAGAUGCAACAGCUCUUCUUUCAGACAAGCCUACAUUGCCAGAACGCCUGCAUGCCGCAACUGACCCUGAGAUGGCAUAUGACUUGCCGGAUUACCAUUGCGCAUUUCGAAGCUGCGGGUUCGAGUGUGCGACACAGGCGGCGCUCGCAGAACACGUUGCUCAGCAUCAUGCGAUUGCGUUAUACAGGACUUGGCAUUGCGGUGGUCAUCACAGGUUGGCCCUGCGCAAGCGACAUUCCAGGCAUAUCAAGACGUACCUGCUAACGCAGCGCUGCCAACAGUCUGGUCCCCUUGCGACCUGUUCUAUUGACCGACGCUGUUUGCGGAGAUUCCGUUCUAACAUGCUGGGUCACUAUGUCGGUACUGCGAUCUGCUUCGUGUGCGCGCGUAGGUUCCCAUUCGUGGACGGUUUUCCGAACCAACAAAUUUCAUGGCUACGAGCAUACGAGCCAUGCACUGGAUUGUUCUUCAACCACGUUCCUGAGAUGCUCGAAGCUUUGUUGGGGAUGAGCACGUAUCACGCACGUUAUGUGGCAACCUUGCCUGCUGAUAUGCAACCCGGUUUGCAAUCCGAAUUGGCGCAGUGGACCUGUACCAUCGCUUGCGCCCCAUAUAAUAUGAGCGUGCUUGGCCCAGAAGAUUAA